CGCGGCAAGAUGGGUGGAGGAGAGUCGCACUUGGGAUGACAGUGUGAAAGGGAGGAGAGGAAGACAGAGAAGAACACUCAAGCUCUCAGCCGAGGCAACUUUGGUUUGGAGUGAUUGAUAUUGCAGCUGUGUGUACAUUGUCAAGUGCUGGUUACCAUACCAGUUUGGAAGAGUUCAGGGAUGAGCGACGAAAUGGAAAUUCGCGUGGAGCUCAAGCAGCCCAAUCGUAUCAAGUCGGUCAAUCAGAACUUCUUGGGCGUCUUCGGCUUCGCAAGGAGUGAAAUUAUUGGCAGAAGCAUUCGCCUCAUCAAUGGACCUUGCACUGACAUCACCCUGCUGAACUCAUUGUUGAAGAAUGCUGCCUUGCAUGCUGAAUGCAGCGAGGUCAUUUCUCUUUACGACCAUGAAGGCAAGCGCUUAGUAGUCAAAGUUAACGUUGUCAACAAAUGUGUUGGCUGCGAGGAAAAUGAGUGUGUCCUCCGAAUGCAAACGCUCGAAGUCGUCCAGUCGAAGUUUGCGUUUGCAGAAGAUGGCACUAAGAAGCUGGUCAUUCGCCUAGAUAAUGGGAGAAUAGAAUAUGUUUCUGUUCCUUUUGAGGCAUAUUUUGGUUUCUUGCAGAGUCAGAUGCAAGGAAGGACUUUGAGCUUGAUUCAAGGACCUUCAACCGACACCAGCAAACUCGCUUCGCUGAUUCAGGCCGGGCGCUGUGGGUAUUAUCACUCAGAGGUCUUGACAACUUGCGAUGCCAAGUGUGAAGAAAUUACCAGCCUGGUACAAGUGGCUCCUGUGCUGAGCGGAGAGAAUUCAACACUGGCGUUCAUCCAGCUCUCCUUCUUAGAUGUUCCAGCUGAAGAUUCGACCAGUAUUGGUGCCACAGGACCUUGCUUGCCGUCUUCCUACAGCUAUUUUAAGGAGACAGUUUCUCAGGUUGGACAGGAUUUUCGCAGCUCUGUGAGAGCUGCUGUGGCGUCUGCUACUCAGAGAAUGAAGCAAAUGUACAAAGAACAAUGCUUGCUGGAGAGCCAGGCCGAGCAUCAGUGGCGUAUCCAGAGGUUGACGACUUUGCUCUUGCUUGCUGUGCCAGCCAUUGCUAUGCUUCCUGUCCCAAGGAUGGCGACGGCAUCGAGUGCCCAGGUCAUGGGAACUCAUUCUCUUGGUCAGUCAGAGAAGCUUUUCCAGGGCGACAACAGCAUGAAGCUCUACCGUGAAUUUGUCCCUCCUACCUUGCGUGGUCGUCAGAAUGUGCAUUACAGUGACGUUCACUUGAGAAAGCCUGCAAAGGCUGAAUCCAAGCAAUCCGUUUUGAUGUUGGAUUUGGACAAGACUUCAAUUUAUGGGAAUGAUGGCAACGAUUUGGGAAUUGCGCUUCAAUGGAUGGACAAACCAGAGCCAGUUGUGAAGGAGCUGUAUCGUCAUCUUGUCAACCCCAACGUGAGGCAAGCGUAUGAUAAACUCCAUGCGCAGUCCAGGGACACCCGUGUUGUGAUUUACACACGAAGACCACAGGUACUCCAUUACCGCUCUUGUUUCAGAGACGCCACGAUCAAUGUAAAGUACAAUGAGGAGUGGCAUUCCGAGGGACAACUGUACAUUCCAUCUGAUGUCACCAGCGCCAAGGAGAUGAUGAAGGCUUACCAAGGCCCUGAGCUUCUUGAAGAUGAGGCCAACGAUGUUUCCAAGUCAUUGGAGAGACUCAUCGCCGCUAGGGAUGCUAUUGCGCAGGAGCUUGGCUUGACGACACCACCAGUCAUUGUUGUCACGGCGUCGGACAAGAGAGUAACAGACACUGCUGAGCACCUCGGAUUGUCUUCUGAGCACGCCUUCUUGUUCGAUGACAACGAGGCCCUGAGGAAGGACCCGAAGGUCAUUGUCGUGGAACCAACUGAGAGCCUUCCAGCCUCAAGGAGAGAUAACCUGCUUGCUUUCUUGGAGAGCAACCUUCCAGCGUCUCAGCUGGAGGAAGAGCUUGUGGAAUACUUGGAGGGUGCUCGUCCUGGCGAGCAAUCCAUCCAGAGAGACCCACAGACCGGAGCUGUCUCUUGGUUCAUCCCUAUGGCAGCCACGGAGCAGUCAAGAUGGGAAGUUCCCAACCUUCCCAACUCUGCCUGGGAGAGGGCCAUGUCAAACGGCUUCAAUGCUCCUCCUUGGAUGGAGGAAUACAGUGGCAAAGAUGGAUCUCUUUCUCCCAUUACACCACCUGAGGCCGAGACGAAUCCGAUCGCCCUUAGGAGAGCCCACGUCGACCUCAAGGCUGCUGCUGAACGUGCUGUGCUAAUGCGUGAAGCCGGAAUCGAAACAGUACGCAGUGCUUGAGGAUCUGGAAAACUGUGAUGAUAGUUUGUGAAGUGAGUUAUUGACAUUAUAAAUAGUCUUAUUUUUGUAUCUGCAUGAUGAUAAUAAAAUUGGAGAAAAGUG